AUGAGAUUUGGCCAAAAAAGAAAAGUUAGUCCUCGAUUUAUUGGACCAUAUGAAGUACUUGAGAGAGUUGGCCCAGUUGCAUAUAAACUAGCUCUUUCACCCGAGUUAGAUAAGAUCCACAAUGUAUUUCAUGUUUCUAUGCGUAGAAGAUAUCAUUCGGAUCCAUCUCAUAUUCUUCCCAUUGAAUCCAUUGAGGUCAAUCCUGACCAGACAUAUGAUGAGGAACCUAUCCAAAUCUUGGCACAUGAGAUGAAAGAGCUUAGAAACAAGAAAAUUCCAUUAGUAAAAGUCCCUUGGAGGAAUCAUUCUGGAAAAGAAGCUACCUGGGAGCGAGAAGAGGAUAUGCAAACUCAACAUCCACAUUUGUUGUGA